UUUUGCUGAAACCAUAGGAAUGCGACACACUUUAUAUUUACAGCCCAAAGCUACAACACUGUGUUUUCUCUCUCUCCCUCUCUGUGUGUGUGUGUGUUUGUGUUUUUGGACGCCGACUCUUGUUGUCUGCAACCGUGUCCGUGUUUUUUUUUAUUUUAUUUUUUAAAAAUGAAAACGUAACGACGCUUCCGACGGUUUUUAAUUGAGUUCAAUUUCUUCGCGGAAACAACUUUGUUGCUGCAGGGAAUCUGUUUUUCCCUCGUCCUCAGCUGCGUUUCCGACAUGAGAUCAGGUGGAUAGUGUGUGUGUUGUUGCUGCUGCUGCUGCUGCUGCUGGCUAAAAAAGACUACCUGUGGUUUAAAAAGUGAGUAUCCCCGACAAUAUAUGGUCUGAUGCUAGGCUGCAGCCGCCUCAGCCGCCACCAUGUUCACCAAGAAGAAGAAAUCUCGUAUCCAGAUCUCGGCUCCGUCUAACUUUGAGCAUCGUGUACAUACAGACUUUGACGAGCAAGAGCAGAAGUUUGUCGGGUUGCCGCGGCAAUGGCAGUCGCUCAUCGAAGACACAGCCAAAAGGCCCAAACCUUUCAUCGACGCGACCGUCAUCACCACUGUAGAGCCACGCAAGACAAUUGUUCGUGGCAGCAAGCUGGGAGUGGAUGGCUCUCUGACAUGGCUGUUGGAUGAGUUUGACACGAUGUCUGUGACUCGUUCUAACUCCCUGCGACGAGGCAGCCCUCCCAUCCAGCCUCGCAGGGACUCCUCUUCAGGAGGAGGAGGAGGAGGGCAGGAGAACGGAGACCCUCACCAAAGACACUACUCACACCCAGACAGACAGGACAGAGACCGAUCCAGACCAGAUCACCACAGCGGAGGCGACCCCCGUCACGGUGAGCGCGGGGUCCGUCACCCUCAGAGAGACGACGGAGUCCAGGGUCGACCCCAGCAGCAGCCCCGGGGCCAAGAGCCCAGCAGGGCCCACAGGGACAGACCAGGCUCUGGCCCUCCUCCUCCUCCUCACAGAGACAGAGACAGAGACAGAGACAGAGACCGGGACCAGGAGCAAGUGGUUCGCAGGGAUCAACCCAGCGACCACAGGCCGAAGUCCAGCUACAUGGGGCGUGACGGCAGCCCUCAGUCCCCCAGAGAGAAGAGGCCUCUCUCCGGGCCCAACAUCCGCACCCCAAACCUGCCAGUAACGGAGGGAGUGAUGAAGACUGCCCAGCAGACCUCACGGCCGUUCAACACCUAUCCGAGGACAGACAGCGAGGGAGGACGCAGCCCCACAGGACAGCCGGUGCGACACCAUGAAUCCUCCCCUCAAAACGGCCCCUCUAGCGGCUCCCACAGAGGUUCCUCCAACUCAAAACCCCCCGUGAGCCACCCGCACCCUCAUCACACUUCCCACCCGAGCCUGACCCCCGAAUCCACCCAGCAUCCACACACCCCUCACCCCAACGUUCCAGCCCCGCGGCCGCCCGUGCCUUCCGGUCCCCCGGCAUCCAGCGCUCCGCCCCAGGCCCGCUCCCCCCAGAGGGAGCCCCAGAGAGUUUCCCACGAGCAGUUCAGGGCGGCGCUACAGAUGGUAGUCGAUCCCGGCGAUCCGCGGACCUACCUGGACCACUACAUCAAGAUAGGGGAAGGGUCCACGGGGAUUGUGUGUAUCGCCACAGUGAAGACUACGGGGAAACUGGUCGCUGUGAAGAAGAUGGACUUGAGGAAACAACAGCGUAGAGAACUCCUCUUUAAUGAGGUGGUUAUCAUGCGGGACUAUCACCAUGAGAACGUGGUGGAGAUGUACAACAGCUACCUGGUGGGAGACGAGCUCUGGGUUGUCAUGGAGUUCCUUGAGGGAGGGGCGCUCACUGACAUCGUGACGCACACCAGGAUGAACGAGGAGCAGAUUGCUACCGUGUGUCUGUCUGUCCUGAAGGCGUUGUCUGUCCUGCACACACAGGGUGUCAUCCACAGAGACAUAAAGAGUGACUCCAUCCUGCUCACUCAUGACGGCCGGGUGAAGCUGUCAGACUUCGGUUUCUGCGCCCAGGUGUCAAAGGAAGUGCAGAGAAGGAAGUCUCUGGUCGGCACGCCGUACUGGAUGGCACCAGAGCUCAUAUCCAGACUGCCUUAUGGACCAGAGGUGGAUAUCUGGUCUCUGGGUAUCAUGGUCAUAGAGAUGGUGGACGGGGAGCCUCCGUACUUCAACGAGCCGCCGCUCAAAGCCAUGAAAAUGAUUCGAGACAACCUGCCUCCCAAACUGAAGAAUCUGCACAAGGUCUCCCCUCUGCUCAAGGGCUUCCUGGACAGGAUGCUUGUGCGAGACCCGGCUCAGCGGGCCACAGCCAGUGAACUCCUCAAACACCCCUUCCUGACGAAGGCCGGCCCGCCGUCCUGCAUCGUCCCGCUGAUGAGGCAGAACAGGAUGAGAUGAUGACAUGUGACGCAAAGACCUCCAGACCGUCUGGAGGGUCAGCGUGCGCAGGUUUCAGAUGGAACAGAAUACUCCUGCACACAGAGAGGAGAGGAGAGGAGUGGGGCCCACAGAGGUCAGAGGUCACAGGUUGCUCUGUGUUAUAAGGGGCAAAACACUCGGGAAAAAUACUGUGAGCUGCGAAGUGUAAACUUGGGUGUGCAGGAGUAUUCUACUUUUCUUAUGUGAAUCACUGAACUGUGGGGAGGUUACUCCCUGGAGAAGAGGCAAUAAGGAGGUGUGUCUGUAUGCGUGCGUGCAUGUGUGUGUGUGUAAACAUGUUGUCAACACUGUUAAUGACAGUGUUUCAUGGCUCAUAUAUGAGUGUGAGCUCUCGCUUUGACUCAUCAAGGUGAGGGGGGGGGGGG